CAAACGCCUCAGAAACUCUCCAUUUGGUUUUACGGACCAACACAUUACAGACCCUCGAAUCCUCAGACUUGGGAGUAUACAAAACCCAGAGAAGACGAAGACCAUCAAUGGAGGAACCUGUGCCAGCCCAGACCACACCGACCCAACUCGCAAACCCUCCAACCACAGCCCAGUGUCCCCCUCCACAACCUCCUGCUCCCACUCCUCCUCUUCCUCCUAAAAGCAAGAAGAGACCGCUUGACACUAGUGUUCAUAUCCAUAAUCCCAAGUACUUCAAGAUGCGUGCUGUUCUUAAAGAGCUUCGUCCUCAUUUUCUCGAGGUUCUCCGGACCCCUGACUUUCGGAAUUGCAAGGCAGCUCAUGAAAUACGAGAACAGAUGAAGCUUCUGAUGGAACUGUACAAAGAGAUCACAGCAGAAACCGUUUCCAUAGGUAAGAGUAAGAAUGUAACAGAAAGCCAGCCUUUGUCAGGUGAAAACCCAGAGGGUCAAAAGCCGCAACCGCAACUCCAGGAUAUUGAGCCAACAACGGAGCAGCCUCAAACAGAGACGGUAGUUUCAAAAUCAUCUGAGAGUAAACCACUCUUGGGGGUUGCCUCUGAGAAGCAUACGGCUGAAGAUGGUCAAAUUCAAAUCCCUGGUACAUAUGUUGUUGGAGGAUCAGCUUUCGGCUGGAAUUUCAUCACUUAUUUAAGCAACGAGUCAGUCUAUUAUGGAGUAACGAAAGAAGCAUUUCGAACAAGUAAUUCAGCAAAGUAAUUCCUUUGAAUUCCUUUGGGGCGAUUCUCGUUCUGUCUCUCUCUCUCUCUGCACCAAUACAUUCAACAUUGACCGCUAUAAAUUCCUGGAACCUAUCCCAUAUCACUACUGUCAAGGGGUUUUCAAAGAUGGUUCUAUCAGUUGCAAUGCAUAUAAUAUCAUUGUUACAAUGAGUUUACAAUCCAUUCUAGUUGAGAUCAGAAUCCUAUCCAUUUCAUUUUGA